AUGAGCCCCCGGUGCUUCAUCAUCCGCCACGGCGAGACCGAAUGGUCCCUCAACGGCCGCCACACGGGUACCACCGACCUGCCCCUUACCGCGAACGGGGAGAAACGCAUCAAAGCCACCGGCAAGGCCCUGGUGGGGAAUGACCGAUUGAUCGCGCCGCGGAAGGUCGUCCAUGUAUACGUCUCGCCGCGAGCCCGCGCGCAACGGACGCUCGAACUGCUCGAGAUCGGGUGCAAGGAGCGGCUGCCGUGGACGGCGGCGCGCAAGCCCGAGGCGGAGGAGCCGAUCCGCACGGAGGCGCGGGUGGAGGUGACGGAGGCGGUGCGCGAGUGGGACUACGGCGACUACGAGGGGUUGACGAGCCAGCAGAUCCGGGAGGUGCGGGCGCGGAACGGGGAAGGGAGCUGGGAUAUUUGGCGCGAUGGGUGUCCUGGGGGAGAAUCCCCCGAAGACGUGAUCGAGCGGCUCGACGCCCUCAUCGCCGAGAUCCGCGCCAAAUACCACGGCCCGUGUUUCGAGUCCGAGUCCGCCAAGGGGGAUGUCCUGAUCGUGGCGCAUGGACAUAUCCUGCGGGCGUUUGCGAUGCGGUGGACGGGCAAGCCGUUGACGGAGACGGCGUUGAUUUUGGAGGCUGGUGGUGUGGGCACGUUGAGUUACGAGCACCACAGCAUCGACGAGCCCGCGAUCAUCCUGGGUGGAGGGUUCGUGGUCGACUCCUAAUCCCCAUCCUUGUUUUCGAUUCCUGCUUUCCUCGAACCAGACACGGUAGGAAGUAGCGUAUGACGGAAAUUUG